GGAAGAAUUUCUGUGGCAUCGAGGUAAACAGAUGACACUUUUCUCCAAGACACCCCCUUAGGAGUGAGUGGUCCUGACGGUAGCCUGUCGAGAUGGCGGAGAACAGAGAUAAAACUAGCGACCAGAUGAAGAUAUGGAAGGAGAAUAGAGGCUCUCAGAGACCAGAUGUACUGACUACAGGAGGUGGCCAUCCCAUUGGAGACAAGCUUAACCUGCAGACUGCCGGACCGAGAGGCCCUCUGCUUGUGCAGGAUGUGGUCUUCACAGAUGAGAUGGCCCACUUCGACCGCGAGCGAAUCCCAGAGAGAGUGGUGCAUGCUAAAGGCGCAGGGGCGUUUGGCUACUUUGAGGUCACUCACGAUAUUACUCGCUACUGCAAGGCCAAGGUAUUUGAACAUGUGGGGAAAACUACACCCAUUGCUGUCCGUUUCUCUACUGUGGCUGGGGAGUCUGGUUCAUCUGACACCGUUCGAGAUCCCCGAGGGUUUGCUGUCAAGUUUUACACCGAAGAGGGUAACUGGGACCUGACUGGCAAUAAUACCCCCAUUUUCUUCAUCAGGGAUGCAAUGCUUUUUCCGUCCUUCAUUCAUUCCCAGAAGCGCAAUCCUCAAACCCACAUGAAAGAUCCUGACAUGGUGUGGGAUUUCUGGAGUCUGAGGCCUGAGAGUCUGCAUCAGGUGUCUUUCCUGUUUAGUGACCGAGGUUUGCCUGAUGGCCACCGCCACAUGAACGGCUACGGUUCCCACACCUUCAAACUGGUCAAUGCUGAAGGCGAAUGUGUCUACUGCAAGUUCCAUUACAAGACUGACCAAGGAAUUAAAAAUCUGUCAGUGGAGGAGGCAGACCGCCUUGCAGCCACCAACCCAGAUUAUUCCAUCGGUGACCUCUUCAACGCAAUCGCAAACGGCAACUUUCCAUCCUGGACCUUUUACAUCCAGGUCAUGACCUUUGAACAAGCUGAGAAGUUCAAGUUCAACCCGUUUGAUCUUACUAAGGUGUGGUCGCACAAAGAGUACCCUUUGAUUCCUGUGGGCAAACUGGUCCUCAACAGGAACCCGGUCAACUACUUUGCCGAGGUGGAACAGCUGGCCUUUGACCCCAGCAACAUGCCACCAGGCAUUGAGCCCAGCCCUGACAAGAUGCUGCAGGGUCGGCUCUUUUCCUACCCAGACACACAUCGUCAUCGGCUAGGAGCAAACUACCUGCAGAUCCCAGUCAACUGUCCCUUCAGGACCCGUGUGGCCAACUACCAACGUGAUGGUCCAAUGUGCAUGUCUGAUAAUCAGGGUGGUGCUCCAAACUAUUAUCCAAAUAGCUUCACCGCCCCACAGACUCAGCCUCGCUUUGUGGAGUCCAGGUUCAGGGCUUCGCCUGAUGUUGCUCGUUACAACAGUGAAGAUGAAGACAAUGUGACACAGGUUCGUGCCUUCUACACCCAAGUGCUGAAUGAAGAGGAGCGCCAGAGACUGUGCCAGAACAUGGCAGGAUUUUUGAAGGAAGCCCAGCUCUUCAUCCAGAAACGAAUGGUGGAAAACCUAAAGGCUGUCCAUCCAGACUACGGGCACCAGGUUCAGACCCUACUCAACAAGUAUAGCGUGGAAGCCAAGAAGAACACAAACGUACGUGUCUACAGCCGUCCAGGAGCUGCCAUUGCUGCUUCCUCCAAGAUGUGAUGCCUUAGAUCUGCAGCCCCUCACUGCCCUGAGAGCAGAUCCACUUGCAUGGUUACCGACUGGUUCUGCCAAGAACAAAAUCCGAUUUAAUGUGCUAAUUACUGUCACAGAUGCGGAUGCAGUAGUGGUUAUGCUUGGUUUUGAUCCAUUGAAAACCAUUAAUCCUUUUUUGUUAUUUUCAGGGCAGGUAACCUUUAUGAGUUUCAUAGUUUGCAUUGAAUCCUGUAAAGUAAUACUGUUGUGAUUUGGCUGUAGGUUUCUUAAUUUGCCUUAAUAACUUGAUGUUAUUACCAUUUCAAUUUAAUUAAAUUAACCAACAAUAAUUGAUGUACAUUUUCUCCUACAUUGUAAUUAAAUAUAUUUGUAGCACCCAGGGGUGAAAGUGAGCCGGUACGGUCUGGUACUGCGUACAACUAGAAGAUUCUGCGCCGGUACGCAGUACCGGAAAGAGGGAAGAACAGGUCUGCUAUGAAGCCGUCAUCCAGAACCAGUUACGGCUGCAAAAAUUCACGAGCACACAAAGAAGAUCAGAUACGCUACCAAUAGGCAGUCUAAAACAUGACUUAAUCUGUUUAUAAAUAUAGCUUUUUUCCUCUCAUUCCAAAUAGUUUCUGAACUGUUCUGUUAUGCUGGAGCCUCAAUGCUCUUGUCUUGCUUCUCUCCCCUAGGAGUUCGAGGCUUUUGUGAACGGCCAGCCUGUAAAACGUGCACUACUACGUUUAAUGUCUGUCUGCUCGCUGCUAAAUACCCCAGUUAAAAGCAAAGGGAGAGUAGUUGUGUUUCAUGUUAUUUUGCUGAAUUACAACAACACAGUACAGUUCGAAAACACCGCUUAUGACCAGAGAUUUUGCAUACACUACACAAGAGCGCAUAAAAACAGAGCGGUUGCCAAGGAGAUCAGUGCGUUUGAUUUAACGGACUGGGAGAUUUUACACAGGUGGUGCAUAAAAAAACCGCUGCUUGCAUUAGGACAGGACGAACAAUAAAUCAUUUACCAUCUACAGACUUUUAAAUAAAAACCGCUAAAACAACCGAACUGUCAAAUGUUUUAAUUAAAAGAAAUCAAAACUUGAUCACAAUGCAGAGAAUAAUGACUUCUUUAUUCAAAAAAAAGACAGAAACUGAAGAUGAAAAGUUAUGCAUCAGAAACUGGUUUAUCAUUGUUUCAUACAUGGCAGGUCUUUAACAGUUGAAAUAUAUAUAUACACACACGCAUACUGUGUGUGUAUAUAUAUAUAUAUAUAUAUAUAAAAGGCCCCCAGUGCCUCCCCAGCCUCCAGUACCAGCAAGAAUUUAAAAGUACUUUCACCCCUGGUAGCUCCUAAAAGAAGUUAAAACUACAUUUGUUUUGAAAAGAUACGAUUUUUUUGCCUGGGCUGUACUCCACAGGAAAUGAUCAGUUGGUUUAACAGGAAAAACAUCUCUGCUAUUGGCAGGAAUUAUGUUUUUCCUGAGAACAAUGUUAACCUCUAGUUUGUUUAACUAAAAAUUGACUGAAUCCCUGACUCUUGAAUAUAAAUGCAAAAAUCCAUUAAUAUGUUUUCAAAUAAUAAAAUCCUUUAAAAUA